AUGUAUGUUCCGUUGAACUUGGAUGCAAUGCGCCUCAAAAUCUUAAGUGGGGAGGCGAUGAAUACCAAUCCAAUAACCAAGAGAUGCAUGUCCAAUCUCCAGUUGUCAAAGCCCGUUCCCGACCCAAUAGGAUCACCAAGUCAGCGGCCGGGCAUCGAGAAAGACCGCAAUGCUUCUAUGCGAUGUCCCCCAAGAUGGAAUACUAUUGUGCUGCACCUCGAUCGCAUGAACCCUAUCGAUUUUUAUUUCGUCCCCCCGUUGGAGUUUGUUCGGCAUUGGUUCCGAGAGCGUACGACAUAUGCAGGGCUGGGAUCUGGGCGUUCGGGCCGGAUAAACCUGAGAGGCUCACUUCAGCGUCUGAAUAUCGAGGGAAUGACGAUGUGGAUACACGAUGUCACGUCAACAGCCAGAUCCGAAACCUAUGCCACAGUCCGGGUCGGGCCCACGAUACAGUAA